CAGAAAUGCAAAUAUCCCUCCAAAUAUCCCCCUCAAGAGUUCCUACUCGAAACCAGCUGUGAUCACGAAGAGGGGGUUAACUGGUUUUCUAUUUUCAUUGAUAUAAUUACAUUUUGUGACUCAAAUGGUUUCAAAAUGAAAGUUGUGUAAUGUGAAUCUCAUUGAUUUACAUGCACUUGUAUAACAAUAAUACCAACAUUACCCUGACUCCACAUAUUCUCACAGACAGCAGCAAUUUCAACUUCACAGGCGUACAAAUGCAUGUCCACAGUGUCACUGUGUAUUAACGUAUGUAUGAGUAACAACAAAUUAACUGAUGUGUCACUGGUAAAGUUAUAAUAUCAAUACAAUAUUGGCCGGGUUACACUUGCUACUUCUCGGUGGUUCUACUACUGUGCUUGAGUAAAACCAUCAGCAUUUUCACUAUUUUCUUGGUAUUGAUGUGCUGUAACAAAAACAUCUAUUUCUAAUCCUUAAAGAAUAGAGAGAAAAAGGAUCAAAAUGUAGAUACUUCACAGUAUUGACAUUUUUUGUGUAGUCUGCCCUGAGUACCCAACGUGAUCCCGACAUAUGCAGACAAUGACGCGGGCAGUUUUUUUCUCGCCUAUGGUGUGAGGCCUCUUCUCAUUACACCAUCUUCAGUUUCAGGCCCCUGUUGCUUCUUUGGGGGGGCCCUUUGGUGGAAGUAGGCUGCAGUACAAAGGUCCAACUACUCAGUUGGGCUUUGGGCAUUUCAGCACUGGAAUGAGCAAAAAGUGCACUUUGAAAGCUGCAGUGAUCUAAAUCUCAGUGGUUAAUCAUCCACACUGGGCACAUCCCUGCCCUCAACCCGUUGUAACCCUUUAGACCACCUGUUUAACCUGUCUAAUAUCCAAACAACGCGUAUCUUACAAAGAAAAAAGUACCUUUCAUGGCUUCUUGAGCAUCAACACUGCAACACCAUGAGACCCUCAUAACCAGGAUGAACCGUGAGCAGUGGUGUGAGUCGUUCCUCUGGGCUUGAUCACUGGGUUCUUAUGAAAAACAAGCCCAAUGAAGACUGUUGAUGCUCCUCAGAGCGGCUACAGGGGGUGCUGGUGAAUCACAGCAGAAAGCCGAGCUGUGGUUCAGUACACAAGUUGUGCAAUACACACUACUGUCCAUGUAUUCAGUACAUCGAACAGUCUCUUAUUUGUCUAUGGCCUCAUGAAUAAAAAAAACAUAAGAAAAGGACCUGUGUGAGUGACAGCACACGUCUUUAAAUUAAAAUGAAUUGGAGAAAAAAAAGUACAAUUAUAACAAAGUGAGAAUAAACUGAGAAAAAACUCAAAAUUUAAAAUUUAAAUAAUCGAAAGAUAAUAAAUACAUGAUCGGUGGUUUUACAUAAGCUGUAGAUUGCAGUAGACUCGCAGUGCCAGAUGAGACUUACUGAUCCCAGGCCUGCUCACUCUCUAGAAGCGGGCGGACGCUGUUGCGUGGGAGUCAGCCAGCCGUGGACAGACCCACAGGAGCCACAAACACACCUGCCUUCUGAGGCUCAAUGUAUAGUCACAUCUGCCGCUGUAGCCGCUGAGGCGGUGGAUGCGUAAUUGCGCGGUGCGUCCGCGCGGCACCGUCUGCUUUUUUGUUUCAUUCCUGAAGAUGAACGGGAGACCGCCGCCAUUGGUUGGGAAUCUGAGAUGUGCUUUCAGAGCCCAACGAGAUGGUGUUAAAAGCUCCACCGGGGUGCCUCUCCUCAGCAGAAGCUGCACCGACUGACACGGACGCUAUUUUGUACCGGACACUUGUAAGAUGAAGGACACGAAGAGGAAAAAAGACACAGAUGCUUUUAUUUUGUUUGUUGAUGGUCGCAGAACAAACCGGGACAAAUGCACGCCGAUGUUGAACGGAUGCUUCUGAGUGGAAUUCAUUCCUGAGUUGUUUUCUUUCCUUCUGUUAUGGAGUGGGCGGGUUACGGAUCGAGUUGAUUUCGGUGUGUUUUUUUUUUUUUUUAAUUUUUAGAUGUGUUGCUUCCAGCCUUACUACCCGUCGACAAUGAAUUGACGCGGGGACGCGCGCCGCACUGAUGGCGAACGCGAGUGCGUUCGGGGAGAGCAGCCCGUCCUCCCACAGCUACGCGUCCGCGGCCUCUGCGGUCAAGCUGGCCUCCCUGGGUCUGAUCACCGGCGUCAGCCUGCUGGGCAACGCGUCGCUGUCGCUGCUGCUGCUGAAGGACAGCUCGCUGCACACGGCGCCCUACUUCUUCCUCCUGGACCUUUGCGUGGCCGACGCGGUGCGCUCCGCGGUCUGCUUCCCCUUCGUGAUGGCGGCGAUCGGCGGCGGCGGCUGGCCGUACGGCGCGCUCUGCUGCAAGAUCGUCGCCUUCAUGUCGGUGCUCUUCUGCUUCCACGUCACCUUCUUGCUCUUCUGCGUCAGCGUCACCCGGUACAUGGCGAUCGCCCACCACCGCUUCUACCACAAGCGGAUGAGCCGGUGCACGUGCGCGGCGGUGAUCUGCAUGGCGUGGACCCUCUCCGUGGCCAUGGCCUCUCCGCCGGUGUUCGACGUGGGCACCUACGAGUUCAUCCGCGAGGAGGAGCAGUGCACCUUCGAGCACCGCUACGUGAAGGCCAACGACACGCUGGGCUUCAUGCUGAUGCUGGCCGUGGUCGUGGGGACGACCCACGUGGUCUACGUCAAGAUGCUAUGCUUCGUCUACGAUCACCGCAAGAUGAAGCCCGCCCAACUGGUCCCGGCCGUCAGCCAGAACUGGACCUUCCACGGGCCCGGGGCCACCGGGCAGGCCGCCGCCAACUGGAUCGCCGGCUUCGGCCGCGGGCCCACGCCGCCGACGCUGGUGGGCAUCAGGCAGGCGUCUCACGGCGGCAGCAGGAGGCUGCUGGUGCUGGACGAGUUCAAGACGGAGAAGCGCAUCGGGAAGAUGUACUACAUGAUCACGCUGACGUUCCUCGUCCUGUGGGCGCCGUACGUGAGCGCCUGCUACCUGAGGAUAUUCGUGCGCGGGGCUCCGGUUCCGCAGCUCUACCUCAGCGCUGCGGUGUGGAUGAGCUUCGCCCAGGCGGGGGCGAACCCCAUCAUCAGCUUCCUGUUCAACAAGGAGCUGCGGAUGCGCCUCAGAGCCUGUUUCCCCAGCUGCCUGGGCACCCUGACUCCCACGGAGCCGUACUGUGUCAUCUGACCCGCGUACACAGGACAAGACUCACCGCCUCUCGGUUCAGAAUGUAGAGACUGCUUCCCAACAUGUGUUUGACACCAAUUAGAUGCAAACGAAUGCCUGCUCAUUCCAAUCGGAAUAACUCCAAAAUAGUCCGUAUUAAAUGACAAUAAAUAACCUGUAAACAUUCAUACACCCUAUUCAAUACAUCAACCUUGUGUUAUUUCUUCUUCUAAAAUGAAUGAUAGAUGCAAAUUCCCAGAAUGCUUUUGCAGAACUGAUGAUCAACAACAGGACUAUUUUAUCAGCUGCGUCCUUCGUUUGGAUCACAAACGAGAAGCAGAUCUCAGUUUAUUUUUUAAGGUACCGUAUAGUCUCUCCUUUUCCCCCUUUUCUUUGUUCUCCUUUUCAAUAGAUUUGUUGUAUAUUUCAUAAUCCAGGGGGAAACGUCGUAUGGAAAAGGUGAGGUCAAAACUCACCAUAAAGGGUAUUUUCCAAAUCUGUUGGUUGUGUUGAGAAAUUGGUUUCCUCCUACAUACAGAUGUUCCUUUUUCUACAGAUGUGGACAUAAUCAUGUUUAACAAGUUGGUGCUUUGGAAAGGAUGACGGAUGUUUGCACUGUUUGUAUUUCUUAACAAAUAAAUGGGAUGAUACGUAUUUUGGGUCCUACAGUC